CAGAACUACAUGCAAUUGGGCUUAGAACAAUUAAAAAUAUAUACAGAAAAUUCCGUGCGCUUUUAAAAUGUCUGAUAACAUUGAGCUAAGUGUAAAAGAAACUAGCAAUGUUGGAGCAUCAUCUAGUGAAGUGGAUUUGGACGCAAUCCACGUAGAAAAAAAUGGCGAAGCGGUGAGUACGCAUGUGGAUGAGGCCCAGGUCAUUCAUGAAAAUGCCGAUCAGCACUCCGAUUGUCACAAUGAGCCAUUGGAAGGAUCAAGUGGAAGUACUUCGAUUACAAAAACAAUGGACAUAAGUGAAGUAGAAAAGGAAAGUGCAUCAGCCGAAACUGGAAAAGCGGAUGCCGAGCAAGAGCUCGACGUAGUCGAAGCCAAAGUAACGGAAGAUAUAAAUAUAUUAUCUAGCACACAAGAAAAAGAAAAAAAUCCACUUACUGAUAUGGAAAUAACGAAUAAAGAAGGCGAACAUAUAUCUGGCACUCCAUCGCCUACCGAGCCAGUCAAUCCUUUAAAAAAUAAUAAUGAGGAAUUGGGUGCUGCGCUAACUGAAGUACCAUCAAAACAAAUAAACGAUAAUACAGAGGAGCCAAUGGAAGUAGACAAUGACGUUUUAACAAAAUCCGGAGAUACUGAAAGUAAAAAACUUGAUGCUGAGAUACUUGAGGGAGGACAUGAUGAUAGUCAAGAAUCAUUGCCACUUGUUAUCGAUGAAAAGCCGCCCUCGCCUAAUGAAAUUAAUGUUGAUGCUCCUACGACUUCUAUCCAAACAAAAAAUACAGACGACAACCAAAGCGACGUCAAAAAAGAUGUGGAAGUGGCAAAUGAAUUGCCUCCCGUCUCGCAAAAUGAGUCCUGCGAAAAGGAAAAAAGCUCAGAGCCAAUCAAGGAAAAUGAAAAUUUGGCUGCAGAUAAAGUUGAUCAAUGCGAAUCUGAUCUUGUGAAUGUGAUUGAAAUAGAAGAUGAUAUUGAAGAUGCAAAACACCAGGAAGAAGAUCCGGAUGUAGAAAUUACUGAGACAAGAAGUGCAUCGUAUAUUCCUGUAAUUGAGAUAGACGACGAUGAAGAUGAAGACCAACCCGGACUUAGUAUUGUCGAAAAAGAUAAAUCAAGUGCAGAAAAAGACGACCAAACUGCGACGUUAGAACAACCAGCCAUAGCUGAACAAAAACGUACUGGUGAUACUGAUAAGGAAUAUAAAGCAGUAGAAUCAAAUGACGAUGCCAAAAUAAAGGAUUUACCACAAGUAGAAACGGUUUCAGAAAAGCCAGAUCUGUUAACAGAAACUGCAUUACGACCAGAAACAAAGCAACCUAUAUCCGAUGCUGCAGAAUGUGGAUUCGAAGAUACUUCAGAUGAAAUAUUUUACAAUCAGGAAUGCAUAAACCAUGAUUGUCCACGCCGUCACAAGCAAUUUUUCCUAGCCCCGCAGUUCGCUUUAAGUCACUUCAAAGUAAAGAAAAGGCGUAGCCAAAAGCAAUACGUUUGCUCCGAGUGUUACGACAGUGCCGUCGAUGUUUAUGAGGAGUACUGCGGUCUACUAAAAACAAAACAACCUUUACUUUUAAAAAAUAUCGCCGUGCAAGGCCCUGAAUUCGUGGAAAUUACAGAUAGCAGUGAUGACGAUGAUGAACCGGCUACGACGCCUCAAGUUCAAGCCACUAAAGGAUCAUUCUCAAAAAUAAAUUUGGAUCUAAUCGAAGCAGAACUGCAAAAUUCUAUUAAAAAUGUACUUGAAAAUUUGGAAAUUCAAAACCAACUUACUUGGUCAAAGACGAUUUUGUCGACGCGUUUACGCAGAUUAGAAGAAGAAUCAAGCUUAAAUGAUGAGUUGUUGCGCUCAUUACAGAAAAGAGCUGAUCAAAUGUACAGCUCACUCUAUCAAUGUCCCAAAAUACGAUUAAGGCAAUUUCAACCUUUGGAUUUAAAUACAGGAUUACCGUACGCAUCCCCAGAAGUGACUUCUUGCCCGCCCGUUGGAGAAAUAUCUCGACCGGCUAUAGAAAUUAAUCAAGUAUAUUACGCGGUCAAGAAUAAAGCAAUAGCCAGCUGGGUACCUUGUAGAGUAGUCGAGCAAGUUGAUUCGACCGGACUUUUAGGUGGAUAUUCUAAGGUGCCACAUUAUAAAGUAAAAUUUUUAAAGUUACAGUAUCAGAUGGUAAAAACCGUCUCAGCAAAGCAUUUGGCAUAUUAUGACCCACCUAAGUUUCGUCUUCCAAUAGGAUCAAGAGUAAUUGCCUACUUUGAUGCGACUUCGUUGUCGCGAGGCAAAGAAAAGAUGAUGAUACAAAGCGCUUUUUAUCCGGGAAUCAUUGCUGAGCCUUUGAAACCAAACAACAAAUACAGGUACUUGAUAUUCUAUGAUGAUGGAUACACUCAGUAUGUUUCACAUAAAGAUGUUCGUUUGGUAUGCAAUGUUUCCGAACAUGUGUGGGAAGAUGUUCAUCCCGCAUCUCGAGAAUUUAUCCAAAAGUAUCUAACUCAGUAUUCAAUAAAUCGACCGAUGGUCCAGACACAGAAAGGACAAAGCAUGACCACAGAAUCCAAUGGCAAAUGGAUAUAUGCUCGGGUAGUAGAUAUAGACUGCAGUUUAAUACAAAUGCAAUUUGAAGGCCCCAAAAGUCAUACGGAAUGGAUAUAUCGUGGAUCACUGCGACUUGGCCCAGUAUUUAAAGAGUACCAGAAAACACUACAGAAGGACACCCUGCCAUUACCUCGUUUAGCUAGGCGUACCGAACCAUUUAUACGCUACACUGCUGAUGAGGAAGCCACUACAGUACAGCAGCAGCAACAACAACAGCAACAGCAAGCACAGGAACGUGAACGUGAACGUGCAUCCCCCAAUGAACCACGCGCAGUUGCCAAAAAGAGCGUCAGCCGUUUAUCCUCAGAUUCGACAUCAGGUACAUCUAAUACGGUGCCUCAAGCUCCAUCGGUACCAACAGUGCGGCAUCUGAACAAUUCUACAAUUUAUCUUGAAGAUGAAAAUAAACCGAAAGGAAAAGUUGUCUACUACACUGCUAAGCGGGAUUUACCACCAUUAACUUAUCGUCCACAUAAGUGCUCGACUUCAUGUCUAUUUAAAAUACCACACAAUCUGAGCGCUUACAGUCCAUUAUCGAAACCUUUACUUUCUGGAUGGGAACGUCCGAUACUACGUCUGAAGAACAAAAAAAUAGUUGCCUACCGUGGUCCGUGCGGCAAAAUUAUGCGCAGUAUGGAGGAAGUUCGUCGUUAUCUACGUGCAACGAAUAAUAUACUUAAUGUGGAUAAUUUUGACUUCCACCAUGAAACUAGCUGCUUGGCAGAGUAUGUUAUUGAAUCAGCGAUAGUACAAAAACGUGAUAUAUCUGGCGGGCAGGAGCGAAUGGCUAUACCAUUGGUUAAUUACUACGACAAUACUUUGCCACCUGAAUGUAAAUACGCAGCCCAACGUAUACCUACAGACGGAGUAAAUAUAAAUCUGGAUUCAGAGUUUUUAGUUGGUUGUGACUGCGACGGCGAUUGUUCGGACAAAGCUAAGUGCUCAUGCUGGCAAUUAACUUAUGCAGGCGCCAAGUAUGGCAAUCCAAAUACACCAAUGGCAGAAAUUGGUUACCAAUAUAAACGUCUAUACGAACACGUACCAACAGGAAUUUAUGAAUGUAACUCAAGAUGUAAAUGCAAGUCCAAUUGCUUAAAUCGCGUUGCACAGCAGCCAUUAGCUAUGAAGUUGCAAGUAUUUAAAACAUCGAACCGUGGCUGGGGGUUGCGAUGCAUUAAUGAUGUGCCCAGAGGCAGCUUUGUAUGUAUUUAUGCUGGUCACCUACUAACCGAAGCAAAAGCGAAUGAGGGUGGUCUGGACGCAGGUGACGAAUAUUUUGCAGAAUUAGAUUAUAUAGAAGUAGCCGAACAAAUAAAAGAGGGCUACGAAUCUGAUGUGGAGCCACCAGAGGUUGAAGAAGAAGAGGAAUCGUAUGCACCAGAUCCAGAAGAUGACGACGAAUUUACACCUAGCAAGUCCUUCUUAACCCGCGCUAAAAAUAAAGCGCAGAGACUUACACGAAAUAACACCGACGAAGAUUCUCAAGAACGUCAAGUAAUUAAUUUUAAUCCGAAUGCGGAUAUGAAUGAGGACUCCGGCCGGGAAUCCUCAAUACGUGCUCUCUUUGGCAAGGAUGAAGCAUGCUAUGUUAUGGAUGCUAAAAUUACUGGAAAUCUGGGACGAUACUUCAACCAUUCCUGUUCUCCCAAUCUUUUCGUUCAAAACGUCUUCGUUGAUACACAUGACUUGCGUUUUCCGUGGGUAGCAUUUUUCUCUUCCACCAAUAUUCGGGCUGGUACAGAAUUGACUUGGAAUUAUAAUUAUGAAGUUGGUGUUGUACCCGGUAAGGUCUUAUAUUGUCAAUGCGGCGCACCAAACUGUCGCCUACGUCUCCUCUAAGGAAGCACUACAAUAAAUUAUACAAUAUAAUACCAUUCUUUAUUUGAAAACAUUAACGAAUAAAAACUUGUGAAAAAUAAAAGAAUUCAGAUGUUAAAAGCUA